AUGGGACUCUACCAACGAUAUGCUUCGGGCGAACACCAAGAAGGGUUCUUCCUGAAGAGCAGCGACCAGUCGCUACACGAUUUCACCACUUCCAGCCGAGCUAACACUGCGGUGAUACUUCCAUUGGUGAAUAAGAACUGGAAACAUAUUGAUGCCCAUGAGUUCUCUCUUACUCGAUGGCAUAAGUUGUUUGAAUACUCCAUUGUGUUCCAUGGUUAUGACCCUCAAGGCUUCGGUAAUGUACUUGCAUUCUUAUAUGGAGAUAACUCCGUACGAUUUGUAACCAAAUAUGGGAUCUGUGAGUUCAACCAGCUUCUUGUGUCUCCCAAGUCUCGGUUCUGGCCGGCCUGUGAGAACUUAGUGCCUGAAUAUAGAAAUAUUGAAUCCCGUAAAGUGCUUGCUAUUUCCAACUUGAAACAAUAUAGUGUUUUGGUGAAUCUGAAGGGUGAUUUCCCCAUCUCUCGUUUAUGGGACGAAACAAAUGCAGGUGAAUUGGCAAGUUCCAUGGACACAGUAAUGCUUAAUGAGAAAAUGCUGGAUCUUCUCCUACAACUUGGGAUUCUACAACCUCAAUGGAUCACUUCAACUAUCCUUGAUGUGGUCUAUAACAGUAAUGAGUCUUCAAAAAUCGCAGACGAUAACCUAAUUGUAUCAUGUGUGGGUGAGCAGUUAGAUCAACUUUUCGACCCUUUAUUGGAAUACAGUCCAGAAUCUUUACAUAAGAGUUAUCAGACUCCGACAAAUCAGCAGCCAUUAUCUGAAAAUCAACCACUUCCUUCUUCGAUUGCCCCUAUUAUCAAUGAAUUAUUAAGUGUUCAAACUAAUUUCACUAUGAAGUUGAUUGACUUGAUACAAAAGUUCAUCAUUCCUCUAAGAAUUGAAGUCUUGAAAGCCAAUGCAGGUAUAACCAAAGUUAAUCAAGUAUUUCCUCCUACUAUAGAUGAAAUUACUAGAAUAAACUGCAUUUUGCAUGAAUCCUUAACAAGAGCUAAACCUUAUGGAUAUAUUGAAAUCUUGAAAGCUUUUUCCACAAUUUUGCCUUAUUUUUUCAAGGCUUUUAUUAGACAUGAAGCUAAUGUAAAGGGGUUUGGAGUUAAAUUGAAAAGAUUCCAUGAAAAGAACAACAAAAUAAUAUUUGAAAAUUCUUUAAUCAACCAAGCAAACUUUUCCCUUCCGGAAAUUGAAUCCAUAGUAGUUGGGUCUUUACUGGAGCUUCCUAAAUUUAAGUUGAUUUUGCAAAGAUUGGUUAAAACUAUUAAACAAGAUAAAACUCAUGAUUAUGAUAUCCUGGAGAUUGAGAAACAUUUUAAAGCUUCUAUUCAAGUUAUUGAUGCCUUUGGUGAAGCGGAAAUUACACCAGAAAUCGCAGGAAGAAUCUUCACUCCCACAGGAAAGAUUUUAACAGAAUUAGCAUUUAAUUGGCCAAGUGAACUACAAUUUGGAUGGCUUAACCGUAAGGCCGUUGGGAUCUUUGAAUUCAUUAAUAUUCAACCUUUGAAAUUGAACUACAAUCGAGAUGUUGUCAUCAUCUUUUCUGACAGUAUUGUAUUUAUGACCAUUGAAGAUGACACUUAUUAUGAACGCUAUUCAAGCACAGCUAACAAUGAUGGUAAGCAAUUGUCAGUGUCAGAUAUCUUGAUGCAUUCUUUAGUGAAUCAGAAGCCGUUACCUCAUGCUAUUCCUUCAAUGAGAGUCUCUCAUUGGUGUGGAAUAAAUGAGGUGCUAGUUUCUUCUUAUGAUGGGCCAAAUAGUAGUAAUAUGCUAAGAAUCUUAAACAUAUCUGAGGAAGGGUUCUCAUGCAAAGAAACAACUAAAAAUGCUGAGUAUGCAAAGCACUAUCAAAUCCUUGAUAAAGAUACCAAUGCAGAGAAGAUCAUUGAUUUGGUUAACAAGGCUCGAAUUCUAUUUAAAGAUCAACCGUUUCAUUUAUUCAAGUCUUGUUCCAACUCAGAUGGAUUGGCAUUUUAUUCCAGUGCUCAUGAAUCGAGUCUGUAUAAAGAAGAACAAUGCAAGUCACCAUUUGCACUAUUUUUGAAUAUGAACUUCGAUGAUCUGGAGUCAUUCUUUAAAAGCCAUCCUCAUUUGCAAGUGGUGAUAUGUGCAUUCCUUUUAAAGAAGAAUCAAGUUCAAAUAAAGGCUUUAAACAGAACCAUGGAUUUCCAAUUUGAGAAAACAAUUCCACUUGAACAGUUACAACAACAAUUGCAAUCGAUUUUGAUUGAUAAUUUCAGUUUAAUGUUGAAUUCUUUUAACUUGAUAACCCAAUCGCUUAUGAGAGCCAAUAAAGCAUCAUUAAGAUACUUUGUGGAAAGAAGUCAUGAUGAUUCUCCAAUUAUGCGAAAGGCUUCCAGAAGUGCUCAACAAUUAAACCGUAAAGCAACGGAAUGUAACACUGCUAAAUCCAAGGAUGUGCCACCACCCAUUAUUGUGCCCACUGAUAAACGUGGUAAAACUGAUAAAUCUACCAAGACUAACCCAAAGGAUAAAGCCAAUGAGAAGAGAAAGAGAAAAAGAAGAUCAUGGGCAAGCAUUCUCUGUUUACCCUUCAAAAAGCAGAAAGAAGCUGAAGAUUAUGAACAAGAAUCGAUUACUCCAGUAGUCGUUGCAAAACAUUCUAUUGAACUAUUCAAAGGACGCAAAUCUCUUGACAGCAGAGCUACGAUCCCCGUUGAACAAAAGCAACCAGCUCCAGUUGAAGAUAAAGUUGAGCACAAACCAUUGAAGAAGACUGCAGCUCCACCUGAGCAUAUUGAGAAGGAAAGCAUCGAUCCAAAGAUCCCUAGACGUAAGUCUAUGGAAGUGUUAGCUUCUGUCAUCAAUAGGAAGAAGCCAACCACCAUAAGUAAAUACAGUAGUAACCCUGAAUUAGGAGGGUCCGAACGGGUUUCAAAGAAAUCCGGUGAGUUUAUUCCUAAAGGUCAGAAGAUGAAGUAUACCAAUUUAUUGACCACAGCACCUGCUUUAAUUGAUGAUAAUGACAAUACGACUACUGAUAAUGAAUCUGCAGUCAUACCGAAGAUUUCUCUGGCUCCAGUUAUAAUGGGUAAUAGCACCAGUGAUGUUAUCUAUCUGGUACCAGAUAAACAAGAUUCUAUUCAAGUUCCAGUUUUGGAUUAUAAUUCCUCCCAAUCAACAAGUCCUACAGAUACUAUAUUUGAAAGCACUGCAAAGAAGGUACCAAGUAUUCAUAAUGAGCCCAAGGUCAAAGAAUUAGGACAGAAGGAAGUGUCAGAAAAGGUUCUCCGAGUUGAACCGGCUACAAAGAAGCCUAUCACGGGCGAAAUGUCCAUUGGAAGAGCCAAUUCCACUAGUUCAUCGGUCAUUCAUGUCCCAAUUGGCACACUCAAUCCACAAGCUCCUAAGAUAUUACAGAAAGAUGAACCUGAAGAUGACAAGGCAUUAAAGACUCCCAUUCAAGCUCAACAGUCAAGCGUACAAAAAUCCACCAAAAGAAGUAUCUGGGGUAAAAUGGAUGAACCAAAGAAAAUAAUGCAACAGAAACAACAGUCCGUACAUAGACCUCCACCUAAAGUGAAAUCUGUUGAUGAUAUCAAUUUGGUUAUGGAGGAACAGUCUAUUAGUGACUUGGCCCUUAAUUUUGAAGAAUAUUAUGAUGAUGGAAUGCAGAAUUGGGCUAUAAUCAACAGGGACAAUUCGUCUAUAUUGAAUACGCAUAUACUUUUGGAGCCUGUUGGAAGUUUUAUCAACGAGCGUAACGUUUCAACUUCCAAACGAGUGACCAGUGAACGGUCCAAUAUCACCAAGAACUCAUCAAUAGAAGAGAUUUUCCAAGAUAUAAUGGAAAGAUAUGACAAUAUAACACUUGCUGACAGUAUGGAAUCACUUCUCCCACCACCACCACCAUCCAAAAUGAAGAAAAACAUAUCUAAGAUUUCAUUAACACCAUCUGAAUUCACCACCCAAUUUGAAAAAGAAAUUGUUGAUAUCUUUUAUACUGAAGAUGUUCUUUGUGAUGAAGUUAUGGAAUCUGAAACCACUCAUGAAUUAUCCAAUGAUAACAUUAUUUCGUCUUCGUCUAUUGAAAUCAUUGAAAGACGUAUUUUAUCAUCAUCAGAGGAAGAAGAAUAUUAUUCAGUACCGGAAGGACCCAGUGAUCAUAGUGAAAGUGAAAAUGUCAUUAUACUAGAGAAGUCACCUGCUAGAUCCUUUGUUUCUAGUGAUGGAACCAUAAUAGAUGACUCUUCAGUUGCAGCAAUGGACAAACAGCUGAUCCCACCCACACCACCACCUCAUCAAGCCAAUUCCAGAAUUGUUAGUUCCAAUUCUAUAUCAUAUCUUUCUGAUUACAUUCGGUGA